AUGGCAAAGGACAUCGACCUUAGAAGCUUUAUGUUGGACACUAUGCAAAGCUAUGAAGAAAAGGGAUACAUCCGGAGAUUAACAGAAAGUGAGCUAAAUAAGGGUAAAAGUUCAUGGUUUCUUCCUAUAUUUACAGUCACUAACCCAAACAAGAACAAGACGAGGCUGGUCUGGGAUGCAGCUGCGAAAGUCAAAGGCACGUCAUUGAACGACGUCUUGCUAAAGGGCCCGGAUAUACUGGCAUCUCUAGUUGGCGUGCUAAUACGUUUUCGGGAGCGACCAGUAGCAGUGGCUGGUGACAUAAGUGAGAUGUUUCACCAAGAAAGAGUGCGCCCAGAGGACCAGACGGCUCAGAAGUUUCUAUGGCGCAGUGGAAAUUCGGCUAAAGCGGCAGAAACGUACGUGAUGCAGGUUAUGACAUUCGGGGCUUCCUGCUCGCCGGCCUUAGCUAAUUACAUAAAGAAUCGCAACGCAAAGCGGUUCAGAAAAGAAUCUCCAAGAGCUGUUGCGGCCAUUUGUAGAAACACGUUUGUCGACGACUGGCUCGAGUCGACAAACACCGAAGACGAGAUGACGGAGUUGGCCAUGGAGGUGCAGAGAGUUCACUUGGAGGGUGGAUUCAACAUGAGGCGCUGGACCUCGAAUUCUGCGAGCGUAGUGAGAGCGCUCAAGAACCAAGAAGGAGACGUGCCUAGGGAGGUGGGAUUCCUUGAAAAAACGCAAGAUAAGGUUUAA